GCCCGAUGCCGAUGCCCGAUUGUGCAGUCCGAGAUACGGGAUCAUUGACGCGAGGGCCGGCGCACGACAAUGGACCCGACGAAGAGCGCUCCGUUGCGCCGCCGGAAGAGCAACCGCAACAGCCUCUUCGACAGCUCGGACGAGGACGCCGAGCGCGGCCUCACGCGCAGCGACAAGGGCCGCGACAGCAAAGGUGGCAGCGACAGCCGCAAAGGUCUCUUCGAUGACCACGACGACGAGAACGGCGACGACGGGCUGCCCCUCGAGCAGUUGCAGCAGUCCAUCAAGGAGCGACAGCUUCGCAAGAAAGCGCAUCUCGAGACGUUGCAGACGCAGGUGGUCGAAGCGACGACGCUCGCCAAUGCCUUCAAGGCAGAUGUCGCACAGCUCAGCUUGCAGCUUGGCAGUGCCAACGCGAAGAUCGAGAAGCGGAAUCGGCAGCUCCAAAACGCCAAAGACCUCGUCCAGUCGCUCCAGGCGCAGGUCGCGACACUGACGGCGCAGGUGCUCGAAGAAAAGUCCCUUCGCGGGCGCGACGAGCAGACGUGGCUCCUCGAGCGCGCGUCGCUCUUGCGUCAGAUCGAAGAAUGGAAAGCCAAGGCCCACUUUACGCCCCUCCCGGUGCCCAUGUCGCCAACGACCAAGUCCGCGUCCGCAUCCUCUCUACUCGGCAAACUCUGGUCCAAGGCAAAGCCGAAGGAAGAGGCCGUCGCACCCGCGCCUGUCACGACAGCACGGCCCCAAAUGUUUACUGUGCACGUCCAGUCCGAGGACGACGACGACGAAUCCAGUGACAGCCUCCUUGGCAGCAGUGACGACGAUGACGACGACGAUGACGCGAGCGACAGUGACAGUGACAGAGGACCAUUGCCCAUGCCCCCGCCCUUGCCGCGAGACGCUCGCCCAUCGCCGCCCGUGGUCGAGAUGCACUCGACCGACGACGCGGAAGACGACGCGGACGCUCUGGACAAUGACGAUGACGAUGACGAUCUGGCUCACCCGGCCUCAACCCGGCACAGCCACACGGAGCCCAAGCCAUCGAGCGCACAUGAGCCCAAGGUGCCUCCGACAGUGUCGCGCAUGAACAUGUACAUGGAGCAGCGCGCCAAGAAAGAGGCGCAGAAGCGGGAGAAGGAAGCGCUCGAGGCCCAGGAAAAGAACCGGUGGCAAGAAGUGUACGAGCAAGAAUGGGCCCAGCUCGCGCAGGAGGCCAAGGAAAGCAAGAAGAAACGCAAGCAAAAGAAGCCAUCGGUCACUGGCGCCCAGUUCACGCGCAUCUCCCGCCAGCGACCGUCGAGCAUGAAGCAUUUACAAAAACCUGCUGGCGUUGCCCCGACACCGACCGUGGUGCCGGCGAGCCCGCCAGCAUCGAGCACCGGCAUCGUGCCCCCGCCACCACCCGUACCGGUGCCCGUCGACCCGACACCGCCGGUGGUCGUAUCGCCUCCGUUGCCGCCCGAGCCGUCCGACGCCGACGUCGAGCUGUACCGCCGACAGCAGGCGCGCCUCCAAGAACUCCACGAAGCCGAGCGAUUGAAGCGAGAGCAAGCCGAGGAGACGGACCGUAUCAAGCGCGACAUUCACGCGACCAUCAAUGCGUGGGCGCGGGGCAAGUCUCUCAUUGCGCUGCUCUCGACGCUGUACCAGCUCGAUGUGCUCAACGGUCUUGGUCUGGACGCCGGUCCUCUCGGCGCGAUCUCGCCGCCCGAGAUCGACGGCGGCGACAGCGUCAAGAAGGCCUACCGCUUCGUCAUUCGAGUCAUUCACCCGGACAAGCUGCGCAACAACGGUAGCCUUGCGCAGCUCGUCGCUGCGAGAGACGUCUUUACGCUCAUCAACCAAGCGUUCGACGCCUUCAAGGAGAAGCUUUAG